AUGGAUCGGAUGAAAAACAACGUCGAACCCUUCGUCCCCGGGACCCGUAUCCGUGGAAUUGCAGUCGGAAACGAGGUUCUAGGUGGCAGCGAUCAAGAACUCUGGGAGGUCCUGCUACUGGCAGUGAAAAACAUCCACACCGCUCUCGACCUCCUCCACCUAUACGACGAUGUUGAGGUUUCAAGCCCACAUUCCGCCGGUGUGUUCUAUAGUUUUACAGUGACAGACGUGAUGCAAGAGAUAUUCCCAGGCUGGGAUUGCUCAGAAAAGCUUGUUACUGCAAAACAAACUUAUGGUCGGGAAAUCCGUGUGUUCGAGAAAACAACAGCAACAAUAUCUCAAACAUCAGAUGAUGUCUCUGAGGAAACAGAUGACCUGGAAUUCACCACUGUAGAUUAUUAUCGCAUCUUGGCUACUAAAAAAGAAGAUAAAUAUUUGAAAACAAAGAAAAUUAGAGACGCAGAAGCAGCAGCUAGUAGAUCAAGAAUUACAAAGCCAGUGAUUCGUAUAAGGUUCCCAGAUAACCACACAUUAGAAGCCACAUUCCAUCCAACCGAGACAAUGCAAAGCUUAAUUGAUCUUCUUGUGAAAGUUGUAGCUCGACCAGACCUCCCUUUCUAUAUAAAUACUAUACCUCCCAAGAAGCAAAUAAAGAACAUGUCUUAG